ACGGAAAUAAAAACAGACAAGUGCACUGAUUGGAGCUCUUCCUGGAUCUUCAGUUUGCGAAUUAAUUUAUGUUUUAACAUGAAAAAACACUAAAAACAUUGUCUCUGUCAUCGUAGCAAACGGGCCACAUUUCGACAGGGUAGCGUAAGCAUAUAGUUAGACUAAUUAACUCCAAAAGCAAAAGGGAAUGAGCUAGCUCGUGCUAGCUAUUAAAGUAGCAGGCUACCACAUCGUGCGUAACUGGUUCAUUUGACCGCAGUAGGGAUCCGUCGGGUUAGCCUGUACCUGAAGUUUGCUAGUCAAUAGAUAUGACUGUUUAAAGGUAACUCAUAGCUUGAAAGUUUCGGUUAGUUUGUUGGCAAGUCUGACAACAGCUAUCUAGCUACAGUAGUACUCCACAGCUUGAUACAGCAUACAGUGUCUAGUAUCUGGCGAGCACAAUGAGAGUACGUUCGUCUGUCUUCGCAUCCUUUUGCCUCAUAUUUGAGGUGUUGGGAAUAGCUUUAUUUUUAAGGGGAUUUUUUCCUGUCCCGAUCAAGUCAUCUUUCUCAUCCAAGAAUUCGCUGUUGGACCUCCCAGCGGAGCCCGGGACAGGGAACUCUGCUAAUGCCUCCACAGCCCCCCAGCCACUCUUUAAACGAGUGGUUAUAAUGUUGAUUGACGCUCUGCGGGAAGAUUUUCUAUUUGGACCAAAUGGACGGACUUACAUGCCGUACACCAGACAUGUGGUGGAGCGCGGGUCGUCGCACAGCUUCGUAGCCAAGGCGCGGCCGCCCACCGUCACCAUGCCUAGGAUUAAGGCUCUGACCACAGGCACCAUCCCUGGGUUCAUAGACGUGGUGAUGAACCUGAACUCCCCAGCGCUGACGGAGGACAACCUGAUCUGGCAGGCCAAGACAGCCGGGAGGAGACUGAUCUUCUACGGGGACGACACCUGGGUCCGCCUCUUCCCCAAACACUUCCUGGAGCACGACGGCACCUCCUCCUUUUUCGUGUCUGACUACACUGAGGUGGACAACAAUGUGACACGUCACCUAGACGUCACGCUGAAGAGAGACGACUGGGACGUGCUGAUCCUGCACUACCUGGGUCUGGACCACAUCGGUCACACCAGCGGGCCCCACAGCUCCCUCAUCCAGCCCAAGCUACUGGAGAUGGACGACAUCCUGAAGAAGAUCCACGCCUCGCUCAUCUCCAAGGAGGAGGAGGGCUCGCUGCCGUACAUGCUGGUGCUGUGUGCUGACCAUGGCAUGUCAGACACAGGCAGUCAUGGAGGCUCCUCCGAACCAGAGGUCAACACCCCCCUGGUGCUCAUCAGCCCCGCCUUCAGGAGGAAAGUGGGCAUGGAGAAGCCCUCCGUGGUGGAGCAGGUGGACCUGCCCUCGUCCCUGGCCCUGGGGCUGGGGCUGGCUGUGCCUCAGAACAGCGUGGGUCACCUGCUGCUUCCCCUGCUGGAGGAGCUGCCUCUGAGACAGCAGCUCCGCUACUUGCAGCUCAACACUCACCAGCUCAGCACGCUGCUCCGGGACAGCACCACCGACUACCAGAGAGAGGCCGGCUACGAGCAGGCGCGUGUUGCGCAGAAGGCCCACAGCAGCUGGCUGCGUCUGCAGCAGGAGGGCAGCACCCCGGAGGUGCUGUCCAGCCAGGGGAGCAAAGCGGUGCAGCUAUACCAGCAGGCCCUGGCCUCCCUGAGCUCAGCUCUCAGCAAGCAGCUGGGACGCUACGACCUGUACUCCAUGUUGGUGGGCAUGGCCCUCGUCUUCCAGUCCGUGCUGCUGCUGCUGCUGGCCCUGCCGGAGGCUCUGGGUGGCUCGGGGGAGGUGGAGGUUCCUGUGAGUGCCGCCCUGCUGGCCCCGCCCUGCUACCUGCUCUCUCUGCUGCUCUGCUCCGCCCACGUGCUGCUCUGCACCUCCGCCCAGGCCUCCUGCUACUCCUGCAGUCUCCCCUGGGGCCUGGUGUUCCCAGCACUGGCCUUCUCCUCAGCCCUGCUCUGCAUACUGCUCUCCAUGGCAACCAGGAGGCUUCCCCUGGGAGCAAAGCCCCCUGGGAAGUCACCGGUGCGAGGCGUCUGGAGCGUGUCGGAACUGGAGGCUCUGCUGCUGCUGGGCACGGCCGGACACACCUUGAGCCUGGCGGCCAGCAGCUUUGUGGAGGAGGAGCACCAGACGUGGUACUUCCUGCUCAGCACGCUGUGCCUCGCCCUCUUCCAGGAUGUCUGCCGCACCUACUUCCGAGAGCCCAGGGGCCCCGUGGACCCCCUACUGCCCUGCUCCGAGGAGCCCCUGGCCCCCAGUCCCGCAUACCCCCUGGGGGGGAAGGGUGCGGGAGCGGAGAGGUGGCUUGCGCUGGCCACCCCGGUCGUCACGCUGGCCUGCUGCCGGCUGCUGCGCUCCCUCAACCAGACGGGGGUGCAGUGGGCCCACCUGCCUGACCUCGGCCACUGGCUUAACAGCUCGGAACACAAGACAGCUCUCUCCCUCCUGGCUGCGUUUUCAUUGGCUCUCAUCUACUUCCUGGUCCAGCGGCGCUGCUCCUGGGUGUCCAGGGUGGCGCUGGCGCUCGGCCUUCUGGGAGUCUUCAGUUACCGUGCCGCUGUGGGAAACGUUUUGUUCCCAUGGCAACAUGCUGGCAGAAACAUGUCUAAGGGAACGGUGGAGGCACGCUUCGUGUACGUGUUUGUGCUGGGCAUCCUGUUCAGCGGCUCCAGGGACCUGCUGCGCUCGCAGGUGGUCUCGGCUGACGCCCGCCUGCAGAGCAGGGGCUUGUGGGAGCUGUACAGCGGGGUGGUGCUGCUGGUGGCCCUGCUGCUGCGACCCCACAACCUCCCGGUGCUGGCCUGCUGCCUGCUGGUCCAGACACUCAUGGCCCGGUUCAUCUGGAGCCCGCUGCACUACCGCCCCGCUCACACCAGCGUCAUGCACUACUGGUUUGGACAGGCCUUCUUCUACUUCCAGGGUAACUCCAACAACAUCGCCAGCGUGGACAUCUCUGUAGGCUUCGUGGGUUUGGAGAGUUACGUGGAAGCUCCUGCCAUCUUCCUCACCGCCCUGACCACCUACGCUGGGCCUCUGCUCUGGGCCUGCCACCUGCUGUACUACCUCAGCACUCACUCUCACAGGAGUUCAGUGGGGCUGGGUCAUGGCUGCUACUGCUUGGCGGUGCUGCGGUCUGUUCCCGUGGCGACCUACGUGGUUCUGGUGACGGUGCUGCGGUACCACCUGUUCAUCUGGAGCGUUUUCUCCCCCAAGCUGCUGUAUGAAGCGCUACACACAGUCAUCACCGCCGGCCUCUGCCUGCUCUUCACCACCAUGGAGCAGAGACACCCCAGCAGAGCCUAGCUCUGCUGCUCUGCCUGUGGGGGGACUGGAAGGGGAGGGCCGGGGACUGGGUUUGGGGGACUGGACAGAACCAAGGACCCUCUCCCUGGUGGACAGGAGGCACAACGCAUAAGGAACAGUGUGGAUGGAACUUAAGUUCUGAGAAUGUGUUUGGAAAAGCAAUAUACUUGAUUACAGUUUUUGUAAUAAAUGCAGAUGUCUAAAAUCUGGAUGUGUUCUUGUGGGGGGGACUGCAGAUUGCAGGGUUGGUGUUCCAAUAAUAUUACUGUUGAAGGAGCACAUUACUUCUGGCAGGGGCGCAUACAUCUAUGGAAUUGUUUUAAUGUUAUUUUUGUGUGUUUUUUGUGCAGCGCAGUAGUGGAGCGUUCACCUACCUCUAUUACUUUAGUCUCCUUCACAGUAACUUCAUUAAGAUUCCACUCUGGCACUCUGUAAGUCAAGCCAUCGAUAUAUUGCCUCAAGAAGGACAUGAUUAGGUUAAUCGGGUUAAUAUCAGAUUCUGAUAUUCUAUUAAUUAUCUUUUAAUUGUGUAGUGUAAAUCUUUCUUUCACUGAGAACUUUGAUGUGGUGAUAUUUUGGAAUACUAUUUGUUUGUUUGGAGAUUACCUUUUGAAUAGAGCUUGAAAGUUAAACAAUAAUAAUAGAUUCACUGGGUGAAUCUUGCUGUAAAUGUUCAUGUACUGUCUUGCUUGAAGGUUCCUUUAUUUCUUUUCCUUUAAUCUUAUUAAUUUGGUGUGAUUCCCUUUCAUUUAUUGUCCAUGUACCUGCACUUGUGUUAAAACCUUCCUCAGGACAGAUCCAGAGUGUCAAAGUGUUUCUACAUAGUUGUCGAUUUAGUUUAUUAAUGGGCACAUUAACUUAUUGGACAAAGGGCUGUGCAGAGAAUGUGAUCAGUCAGAUAUGCUGCAGCUAUCUCUGCACUGUGUGAUUUUCUAAUGAUGGAAAUGGAGAAUAUUGGCUUUUGGAUCAUAUUUCUGUAAUUUUUUGAGGGUGAAAUGUCAUGAAUAAUCUGACAUCAGCACGUCUUUACUCUGGGAGAACUGUUUCUUUCAUCCAAAUAAAACAUGCAAAUGUGAGCUGUC